CCAUCGCAGCCCAGCCAAAAGUGCAGCAGCGGUGUCACUGAGACGAACGUCAGCCCAGCCCUGUCGACCAGGGAAAUGCGGGGUACCAGGGAUGCAAAAUGCCAAAUUUACCCGCUGGCUGAUCAACAUUGCCAACGACUUGUCGCCAGAAUCGACGAAUUGCAGGCAGAGUGCCAUCUCCGUGUGCCCUCGAAUGCCCUCGUGGGGCCAAUGACUGAGCAAUGCGGUACGUAAACUCUCUAGCGAGCUUGGGCUCUUCGGUUGGGGAACGGCUGCGUGGGAGCUUGGGAAAGACAGCGAGAAAAUACACUGGGGCUGAGCGGGUGUGACGAUGGGGUGCAUAAUGUAACAGGGUUAUAGCUUCUCGAUCAGGGUGCGUUUGAUGAGAUGCCCAUAACCUUACCACGGAGCUUCCAUACUCACACAACUCGUUGGAUCUGGAGGCUCCCCUUGACGACUAGUGGUCAGGAACGAGGUACACACGAGAUUAUUUUCAUUUAUCCCAGAUGCCCUUUGGAAGGUUGUAGCGCUGGCGCUGGCCCUGUCUUUUCCUUCUAGCAGAUGGAACAAUGUCCUCCCUCAGCCUCCCUGCUCCUCAUCUGACAUUUGACAUUUGACUUUCUCCACCUUUGUCUGACUAUCAGUGGCUACCAAAGCCGCCGAGAGCUACGGGCAUUUUUCACCGUCUCCGACACUCCGUGAAGCAAAAGUAAACCAGUCUAGAAAAACUUUCCAAGAAGCUUCGUCUCGACUUGCUCCUUGCUCCACGUAGGCUAAGCCUCCCGAGGUGCUCGUCUGUCGUCUUCCCGCCAUGCACCUCCGUACGGAGUAGAGCUGCAGUAGUACCAGCUACCCAUGUUGGCUUCUAGUUGGCACGAUGGUUCCCAGGAAGUGCAAGGCGAUUAAUUGGACCUCUCACAGCCUAGCGAUGCCUGUACAUAUUCGCCAAGGGAGUCGAGACGAAGACAACACCUUUUUGGGUGAGCUGGGCAGUGGCCAUGCUCAAGGAAGUAUGAUUUAAAAGGUUUCCCCCUCCCGUGCCAUCCUUCAAGCACACAAUCACUUCUUCGUCAUCACACUACUUCACCAAUUGACUCUCAUCCACCAUCAUGCAGCUCAAGAAUAUCCUCCCCGCAGCCUUUGUAGCUGGAGCUGCUGCUCAAAGCUUGACUGAUGUUCUCGCGGCGAACAACAGUACUCUCAGCUCACUCACUUCUCUGAUCUCUGCCAACCCAUCACUUCUCGAGGCCCUUGGUUCAGCACAGAACAUCACCAUCCUCGCCCCGAGUAACGAUGCUCUCGCUGGCUUCCUCAACUCGACCGCUGGCGCCGCUGCUGCCACCGACCCAGGAGCCGUCGCUGCCUUGCUCACGUAUCACGUCUUGAACGGCACAUACCCAGCGUCUGCAUUCACCAACACCUCGCAGUUCAUCCCAUCGCUGUUGACAAAUAGCUCUUUCACGAAUGUCACUGGUGGUCAAGUCGUGGAGGCUAGACUUAGAGGCGAGACUGUAUCGAUCUUCUCCGGCUUGCUGUCAGCUUCGAACGUUUCUGUAGCAAACGUCAACUUCACUGGCGGUGUUGUCCACGUUAUCGAUACUGUCCUCACCGUCCCUCAAUCAGCUUCCAACACAGCUGGCGCACUCAACCUCACUUCCCUCGCUGGCGCACUUACAACUGCUGGUUUGGUUGAAACUGUCGAUAGUCUCGCUGAUGUCACCAUCUUUGCGCCUUCCAACGAAGCUUUCCAAGCCAUCGGAUCCGCUCUCCCCAACCUCAGCACCGAAGCGCUCAGCGGUAUCUUGACUUACCACGUGGUUCAAGGAACCGUCGGAUACAGCACUCUCCUGACCAACACCACCCUCCCAACUGUCAACGGAGGCAAUGUCACAAUUUCCAUCGUCAACGGAUCCGUGUUUGUUAACUCGGCAAAAGUCACUGUUCCCGAUGUUUUGGUUGCCGGAGGUGUCGUUCACGUCAUUGACGGUGUUCUCAACCCCAACAACACCUCCGCCGCCCCACCAACCGCAUCCACCACCUCGCCAGCUUUCCCAGGUGUUAGCAGCGGCACUGAUCUCCCAUUCACGUCAGGCGUUUCUGCAUCCACCACCGUCACCUCGGUCCCAACCCGUGACCCCGAAGCUACAUCUUCCAGUACUGCUGGUGCCGCGCCAAUGCAGACCGGUAUGAUUGGUCUCGGAGCCCUGUUCGGUGGUGCCGCUAUUGUCAUGGGUAACUUGUAAAGUCGCUAAUGUGUGAAUGUACGCGAUAAUGAGAGACGUGGUAAUGGACUGUAGAUGAUGGAUGAAAUGUUUUACUCGGAGAAGACAUGUGGUUUAAUGAAGCUUGGUGUAUGAUUUAAGUCAAAUUUGAUCAUUCUCACGUUCACCAAAUCACAAUUUGUAUACCUUUUAUGCCUU